AUGCACACUUUCGCAGCCCAACGAACCGAUUCCCUCGCAUCUCUGAUACCCAUUAGUGCAUCCGAACCUCGCGUGCAGUAUGCAGUUGCACACAUUUUCAAAGCUACGAAACUUGCGUGCAUGCCUCGGUAUUUAAGUAAAGGAUGGACAUAUAUUUUCGAAUUAGUCACGAAGGAAUCGUGGAAAGGAUUUCAUGAAUACGAAAUGUGGCGGAAGACAUUAACGACUCUUCGGGGAAUUAUCAGAUCGAUUGGGCCGACUUUUCUGGGAUUCUUAAGGUCUUUUGUGGAGAAUAAAGGGCUGCUUUGGAUUUUUGUGCUCGGCAUUUCUGGAUGGAGCACGGUUUCCAUAUUGGUUCUUCUAAAACACAGAUACGAAACGGACUCCACGACAAUAGGAGUGUCGACCGCCUACAGUCGCUGGAUAAACACCUUCCCAUCGAUAGGAAUCUGCAUAACAAAAUACCGAGCGUUUAACGAAUUCAAGGCAAUGAUGCGGGAUCAUUUCCAAGAAGAGUUUGAAUACUCCUUUACAAAAAUGAUAUACGAAUUUGCUUUUACCAACCCCAACACCUUAUUUACAAGGGCGCCUACCAAGAAUACAAGUUACCCGUACGAUUUCGAUAUCUUGGAAAUAAGAAGAAAGAUGUUUCCAACCAAUUGCAGUGCAUGCUUUGAAGAAGUAUACUUUCGUGGCGAAUUGGUGGCCAACUGCGAGGAGAUAUUCAAGUUUCAUGUGACGGAAAUGGGCUACUGCUUUCUGGCGAACAAUCUAUUGGACUACGACAGCAUCGAUGAAAUGCCCCUCAGGUAUUCUUCGCUGGACAACAAUCGAAAUCUGCGACUGAUCUUGCGAUAUUCUGUUUUCUAUAAAUAUGAGAUGUACGUCAACAGCCCCGAGGAUCUGCCCUUCUUCAAUUCCUUGACCUACACCAUCUCCAACGACAGCACAACAUACGCCUUCAACGUCGAGGAGAUUCACAACCACGAAGGUGUCAUCGAUGAGCCCAUUUCUCAGCGGAAGUGCAAGUUCCCCAGCGAGACUUCCGUCAAGGGGUUUCCUUACAGCUUCUCGGCCUGCAUGUCCAUCAUCCGGAGUGAGUUUGAGAUGACAGCUUGCAACUGCUCUCUAUUCAACCCCGAGGAUCGCAACGACAGUCUCUAUUGCGGAUUGCACAAAGCGGAUUGCUUGAUUAAAGCCGGCGUGACAAACAGAGUUAAGGAGUACGUCGGAAGCAAUACGGUUUGCCUGCCAUCCUGCGUGGAGCAGCAGAUAAGUCUAGUGGGGGUCGUAACUGAAAAUCAAACAAUAUACAAGAAUAAUGAACAGGUCACCGAAAUCCAAAUAAUCUCUCCACCCACGGUGAGGUAUGAAAGAAAGGUCACCCAGACCAAGCUGGAUCUAAUAGUCGGCAUCGGAAGUGUGGCAGGACUCUUCUUCGGCGCCUCCCUGCUGAACCUCUUGGAGAUCAUCUCGUACUUCAUUAAAAAAGUCAAGACCGCGAUUUUCGGUUAGGACCUUUAUUGCUUUUCGCUUUUUAGCCUCGCAACAGCUUGUGCACAAAUAAAUAAGAUAAUUCGGAUUGGGCGAGCCUAAGUGAGCCCUAAUUAUUAUUAUCGAACAAGUCAA